AUGAAAGACACCAAUAGGAAGGGCGAUGACGAAAAAUACAUCUCCUGCGCCAUCAUGGGAGACGGCAUGGUCGGCAAGACCAGCAUCUCCGAGAGCUAUGCUCAGAAAUCCUUCAAGGAGAACUAUGAAGCCACAGUGUUUGACAACUAUGUCGUCCCACUGCAGGUCGCUGGAGAGGAGUUUGUCAUCAGCAUGUUUGACACAGCAGGAAAGAAAACCUUUGAGAAUCUUCGUUCCUUCACAUACUGUGAGAGUGAAGUCCUGCUUCUGUGUUUCUCCACCUGUGACCGGGAGACGUUGGCCAGCAUCAAUGACCUGUGGAUGCCAGAACUGAAGAGACAUUCCAAACAUGCCAAACAGAAGAGACCGAUCAUCCUUGUGGGCACCCAGAUUGACCUCCAGGUCGGGAAUGAAGACAGCGAGGUCAGCACGGACGAGGGUGUCCAACUGGCCAAGGACAUUGGUGCUGACUGUUAUGUGGAGUGCUCGGCCCGCGACCACAAGGGUUUGAAGGAAGUCUUUCAGCAUGUUGUCUUCUCCGCUCUGAAAUUCAGGAAGAAGAACACGAACAUUAUCAAGAAGAUCUUUAGACGUUGAAAUGGACUUAAGAUUAUGUGCCAGUUGACGACAAUGCUCUUUUAGCGUGACUAUCACGCCACGGAAAUCAAAACUGGCGCUUCAACUGGAAUCUCA